AUGGUAAAUUUGAAAAAACGAGAUUUAAUUGAACAAUAUCGAAAUUUAUUAGAAAAUAAUUUGGUAUUAACCGAUCAAUUUUUGAAAUGGUUUAAAGAUAAAAGAGUGUUACCAGAUUUCGUCUUCGACGAAAUUAAAAGUACCACGAGUUUGAGCGAACGAAACAAAAAAUUUCUUCCAAGUCUAAUUGAAAAUGCUGAUUUGGCUUUUAACAGAUUUUCCGAAGCAUUAAUCGCUAAUGGACAACCAUUUCUUGGUGAAUUUCUCGAAGCAGAAGAGAAAAAAGCCGGCGAUAUGAUGGAUACUACUGGGGAAAUCGUUAUCGACGAUGACUUCUUGCGAAAAUGUCCGGGAGUGGAUAAAUUAAAAGUUGAAACACGAGAAAAACUAAAAAUUUAUCUUCAAGAGCAACUGUUGAAAGCUUUUCUCAAAGAAACGUGGAGACCACAGAACCAAGGAAAAUCGGUUGAAUUAAUUAAUUUAAAACGUCAACAUUAUGAGGCACAACAAAAAUUAAUUGAAACAAUUGAAGAAGAAAAACGAAACGUCAUUGUAUUUAAAGAUGCAUUAAAAUCGGAACAGUUUGCUCGUCAACGAAAAGAAGAAGAAAUGAGAGAAUUGCGUGGUGAAGUUGAUCGUCUGAAAUCUGAUUUUGAACAAAAAUGGUCUAGUCAGAUAAGAAUGGUGGAUGCGAACAAUCGUUCUGUAUUCAAAAUGCAUGAUAAAAUGAUCAUGCUGACAGAUUGGUUACGACAAUUGGAUAAAAUGUUGAAAACUACCAUCUUACAAAGUGGUUUAGAUGGAGAUACAAUGGAUCAAAUGCAAAAUAAAUUAAAACGUUAUACAACUGAAAUAGAAUCAUUAAGGGGUCGAGGAAUUGGUACUGAUAAGUUGAAAGAUGAACUGUACGAUUCAUUGUAUACAAGUCGAAAAUUACCGUUACAAGAUAACAAAAAUAAACCAUUUUAUGAUUUGUUAGCACGCUUAUUUGGUACUGAUCAAGUGACAGAAUUAUCAGCGAUAUGUUCCAAAGAUGUUUUACAACCUAAAAUUGAACAAGAUAAUUUAAAUGAGAUUAAAUGGCGUGAUUUAAAAAUUGAUGAAUUAGAUCGAAUGAAUAAAGACCUACGAGCCGAGCUUGAACGUAUAAAAUCGUCGGCAAACAGUAUUGAAGAUACAAAUAAAUCUGUUAAGAAAAAAGAAUGGAAACCACCUGUGUUGGUUGUUACACCAAGAGAUCCAAGUAAACAGAGAAAUCGUGAAACAUUAAAACCAUCGAGAGUAGAAUUCGGAACGAAACCGGGCAACACUUAA